AUGGAGAGGAAUGAUUCCACGCUGCCGAGUGCAGUGUCUCCAUCACCCAUAUCUGGGGACCUUCCAUUCUUUGACUUGCGUGAGCGCCCCCCGGAGGACCCGAGCGGGCUCCCCCCGCGGCCGGAGACGCUCGGCAGCCUGGCGGCGGCCUACGAGAGCAGCCUGGCCUGGCGCGGGAGGGCGCUGGCCGAGCGCCUGGUGCCGGUGCGCCGCCUGCAGUGCUACUUCGCGGUGGACACGCGCUACGUGGGGCAGAAGCUGGCGCGGCUGCUCUUCCCCUUCGGACGGCAGGACUGGCAGGGGCGCUUCCAGCAGGAGCCCCCCGUGGCGCCCCGCUUCGACGUCAACGCCCCCGACCUCUACAUCCCAGUCAUGGCCUUCAUCACCUACCUGCUGGUGGCUGGGCUGGCGCUGGGCACGCACAAUCGGUUCUCCCCCGACCUCUUGGGCUUGCUGGGCAGCUCCGCCCUGGCCUGGCUCAUCGUGGAGGUGCUGGCCGUCCUGCUCGGCCUCUACCUUGCGGCCGUCCACACUGCACUGACCCCCAUCGACCUGGUCGUCUUCUCAGGCUACAAAUACGUGGGCAUGGUUGCAGGGCUCUUGGCAGGGCUGGUGUUCGGGAAGCCUGGCUAUUACAUGCUGCUCGGCUGGUGCUGCGUCGCCAUCUUUGUCUUUACGAUCCGUUCGCUGCGCCUGAAGAUCCUGUCCGAGGCAACCGAAGGGGUCUCGAGGCGGGACACCCAGAGCCAAGUACGCAUGUACCUGACCGUGGCUGUGGCUGGGCUGCAGCCCCUCCUCAUGUACUGGCUGACCUUUCACCUCAUCUACUGAUGCUUUGCUCAGGCAGCUGCUCCGUGCCCCCAACAUCCACCCACCAUCUCCAACCUGCCCCCCUCCCCGGCCGCCCUGCUUGCACAGAAGGCAGAGCAGGGCAAAUGGGCGUUUCCGGGCCCUAAUUCACAGCACCCUCGUCCUCCUGGCAGUUUGCACUGCUCCCACCUUGAUUCGGCUCAGGGCGUUUGCUUGUCUUGCUCUCUUCUGUCUGGUCCCUGUCCAGCCAGGUUGGUCACUCCCGCCGAGGAGCUGGGAAAGGGGCCCGCUUUCCUGCCUCUUCAGGAUAGGGCGUGUCCUGCUUGCCACAAAUGGAAUAGAAUGUGGGAGGCAGUGGGCAGUUGUUCUGAGAGGGGCGCUGGGGGGCAUUUUCUAUCUCCCACCUGCCUUCCCCAAGGGGUCGACGCGCGGUCGGAAGCAAAGCGGUUGUGUCCUCAGGGAGCAGCAGCUACCUUUGUCGCCAGGGCUGAAUGGGCAAAGGGCAGCCUUAGGUGGGCAGGGUGAGGACUUGGAGCUGCUGCCGGCCUCUUCCAGUGUCUUCUGGGCUGCGGCCAGUAGCCCCCCCAGUGCUAAAGCAUUCAUUGCACAAAAGUUUAGUUCCUCUUUUAUUCAGAGUCCACUCAUUAUUAAAAACACAAUUAAAAGAGUCCCUCAGAUUUAAUGCAA